AUGGGACCGGCCAACCAGAGCUCCGCGCGGCGGGGAGGCGCGGGGGCGGGGACGGGGGCUGGAGCGACGAAGGUCCCGCCUCGGCCAGGCCUGCUGGGCUCCCGACGCUCGCGGGAGCAGCGGGAAACCGGGUUCCGGGAGUGGGGCGAGGACGCCCCUGCCAAGCCCCUUUUACGUCCCGGCGGUCGCGAGGAGGUCCCCCGGGCGCGAAGAAGACGCCAGCCCACCCCAGCCGCCGGGGAGCCCGCCCAGGCCGCGCUCAGCCCCGCCCCUGGCUCUGCCCCCGCCGCGGAGCGGAACCCUCCAAGUCGCGGCCUGAGGGGGAAGGAAAAGGGGGCGGCCCGGGAGAGCCGCUGCGAAAUCAGCAACGGGCGGGAACCAGGUUGCCUCCCUGAGUCCCUUCUCUCCCCGGCCGGCUGCCAACCACAGCCAAGGCCAGAGAAACAGGCCCUUCUGCCGCGGCCACCUGGGCGCCUUGGACCCGCCCUCCGGACUCGCCCCCGCCCCUGCCGCGGAGUGGAACCUUUGGAACCCUGAGGGGCACAGAUGGCGUCUCUCUCUGUUGCCCAGACUGGAGUACAAUGGUGUGAUUUCGGCUUACUGCAACCUCUGCCUCCCAGGAUCAAGCGAUUAUCCUGCCUCAGCCUCCUGAGUAGCUGGGACUACAGCUCCUCUAGCAAUUCCGAUGUGAAAAGAAGAUGGAUGGAGAAGCACUGAUUCAGCCAUGGCUGACAUGUCGGAGUUGGAAUGGACAGUGCCCGGACCUCACAGUCUCAGAGAACUGGAGAAGAGUAAAGCUGAAGAGGGCAUCAUCUGGUUACAAAUGACAAGUCCAGGGCUCCAGCUUCUUCAGCUCCUUGGCCAUGUAUGUACUUUAUGAUGAAGGGCCCAGCUUCUGCAGGAUAUCCAUACUGCCAAGGUCAAAAGCAACAAUAAGCGACGUGGGGCUCAAUCUGUUCUCGUGGGCUACAAUGCAUGCUUCUGGUUUCCAGGUUGUUCUUGCUCUCCCUUAUUUUACAUUUAUCCUUCCUUCCCAACUGCCUGUCCAAUAGAUGUGGAGUCCCAACAUCAGAUGUGAAGAUGAGAGCUUUAUAGAGACUGCUUAACCAGCUCCCACAGUUGUAUUAGGACAAAUCCCUGUAACAAAUCCCUUUGUGUGUGUGUGUGUGUGUGUGUAUGUGUGUGUGUGUGUGUGCGCACACACGCGCGUGCACGCACCUUAGUGGUUCUCCUGUGAUUGAAUCCUGACUUACACAGUUUGAGAUAGAAACCUUCUGAAGCAAUUAGAUUAAAUGGUCUAUAACUGUGCUGUCCAACAUGGUAGCCAUUAGCUACAUGUGGCUAUUUAAAUUUAAAUUAAUUAAAGUUAAACAUAAUUAGAAUUUAGUACCCCAGUCAAGUUUCAAGUGCUCAAUACUGUGGUCACAUGUGGCUGGUGGCCACUGUUUUGGGCAGCACAGAUAUACAGCACUUCCGUUAUUGCAAAAAAAAGUUCUAUGAGCACUGGUCUAUAGUGAUAAUUACUAGUAUUUACUGAGUUCUCACCAUGUGUCAGAUGCAGAUUCCAAGUUUGCUCUGGAGAGCACGAUCCGGCAGGCAAACGGGGAAAGAGAGAGAGUGACGGGAAUCAGGUGGGAGAUUUUUUUUUUUUUUUUUGAGAUGGAGUCUCUCUCACUCUGUCACCCAGGCUGGAGUGCAGUGGCACAAUAUCGGAUCACUGCAACCUCCGCCUCCCAGGUUCAAGUGAUUCUCCUGCCUCAGUCUCCCAAGUAGCCAGGAUUACAGACUUGUACCACCACGCCUGGCUAAGUUUUGUAUUUUUAGUAGAGACAGGGUUUCACCAGGUUGGCCAGGCUGGUCUCGAACCCCUGACCUCAGGUGAUCCACCCUCCUUGACCUUCCAAAGUGCUGAGAUUACAGGUGUGAGCCACUGCACCUGGCCAGGUGGGAGAUUUUUAAUGACCAGGCCUGGAGGUGGCACACAUCACUUAUACCCACAUCCAUUGGCCAGCACUCAGUUACACGGCCACUUCUAACUACAAGGGAGGUUGGGAAAUGUAGCCUAGCUGUGUGCUGAGGAAGAAAAAGUAAAAGCUUUGGUGCCAGCCAGUCUCUGCCACAUCAGAUUUAAUUUGAGCGCUGUGAAGUAAUUAAUGCCCAUUAAACUAAGGAUGGGACAAGAUUAAUGCUAAAAUCACUCUCCCCAGCCACCAUUUUCUCUCUUGUUCUUUGUCAUGAUAUUGACAAGGUCAAAAGUCAGGCAGUCAGCAUGAACCCGAGGAGGAGAAGUCCUUGCCACUUUGAGGCUGAAUAUGAACAGCCCCUUCUUUAUGACUCACCCUAUCAGCUUUGCUCCUAGCGAAUGUUCAUAUCAUGGUUCUCCGGGACCCUUGAGAGUGGGACUCCUAUGUGAGGAACUAGUUCUGUAAACAACUACAUGCUAGUAAAAAAACCAUUAAGAGGGUUGGAAUUAGGCAUAGUCCUGCUGCAUAGAAAUCCUACUUAGUUGGAAAAAUUGUAUUUUUAAGUUGCCUCUGUUUUGAAGCCACGUUAACCCUUAACCUUCAGAAAAUCCUUAGCCAGCCUUUAUACAUUGGUAGCUCCUGUUCUAAUAAUGUCUUCUCCUCAUAUUUUCUUUGGCUUGUCAUGAGCUUUGAAAGUUUGAUCUGAGAUCCCUCACUUUUAAUAAUCUGUAACUCUGAUUUGGUAAUCUCCUACAUAUGAAUAAAAUGUCUGUGUUCAUUUAUUUCUAAUGAAUAAAUGAACAUGCCUGCUGAGCCAAGCCUUAAAUGUGAUUAAGGAGACUGACUUGGGUUCAGAUCCUGGCUCUGCCUUGAGUAAGUUUCUAACAUUCCUCUGCUUGUAUUUCCUUAUCUGUAAAAUGGGAGUGAUUUCUUUGAAUGAAAUUAUAUUACAUUUAUCAAGCAUUUUAUCACAGUUUCAACAAUAAGGUGUAAUUAUUAUUAAUUCAGACUAUAUGAUUCUGUGCCCUUGGAUAAAGUUUACCAUUAUAUAAUAAACUACUUUUCUCACUUAA